AUGUCGACACCAGCGAACCCACAGUCGGACGAGCCCCAACAUGCCCACACCGAUGAAGAUGCAUCGAAUGAGCCACAUAACCUCCCAGAUUAUAGCACAAAGUUCAUUAGCCCCGAGCACCUACAACAGUUUAAAAAUGCCCUUGAUGCGCCAGAAGCACUGUCCCUCACCGCCGUGAACGAUUGGCGACCCAUCAACCAGCGAGUACGAAGAUCUAACAACAGCCGUAAGCCUAGGCGCAGACGGAAAGACGAAACCCGAGAAGGAUUCGUCUAUGCGUUACUAAAAUGGCCGUUCCUCAUUUUCGUUUUGACCUGGAUAGCUGUGUUGAGCUUCUGUUAUCUGCUCACCCGCUUUUACAUACUCUUCUAUGAGAACUUGUUCUCUUGGAAAGGAAAAAGACGCAGACUUCGAAAGGCACUGCGAUCUACAGACCAAUACGAAAAGUGGAAAGGUGCUGCAAAGGAAUUGGAUACAUACUUGGGAAAUGAUGUCUGGAAAGAAGACGACGAAUACGCCUAUUAUAACCAUGUUACGGUCAACGCUGUUGUUACACAGCUGCAGGACUUGAGGGCUAGGAUUCAGGUUGCCACAGACGAAGGCCGCGGCCCAGAAAGAGAUCAUGCCAUAGAAGAACUUCGUACUCUACUGGAAGCAUGCAUCAAAAACAACUUUGCUGGAGUUGAGAACCCAAGGCUAUAUAGUGAAACUUACUAUGGUACAAAGCACCUGGUCCAACAAUUUAUUAACGAAGCGGAGGCGUCCUUGAGGAUCUUACUUGAAAACGGAGGGCUACCGGAUCGUGACAAAGCUCUUUUUUUCAAGCAUCUGGAUACAAAUUUUGGGCGAACGGCUUUGUGCCUCUCGGGGGGAGCCACAUUUUCCUACUAUCACUUCGGCGUGGUUCGGGCCCUUCUAGACAACGAUGUGUUACCUGACAUUAUAUCUGGAACAUCUGGAGGCGCCCUCAUUGCCGCUUUAGUUGCCACGAGAACCGAUGCCGAGCUGAAGCAGUUACUUGUUCCCGCCCUUGCACACAAAAUUAAAGCAUGUCGUGAUGGGUUCUCCGUCUGGGUAAGACGGUGGUGGCUUACAGGUGCCCGGUUUGAUACAAUGGAUUGGGCGGAACAGUGUAGUUGGUUUUGCCGGGGUUCUACAACGUUUCGAGAAGCAUAUGAGAGAACGGGUCGCAUUUUAAAUGUGUCCUGCGUACCGUCAGACCCGCAUUCUCCAACUAUCCUGGCAAACUAUUUGACCUCCCCCAAUUGUGUAAUCUGGAGUGCCGUCAUUGCAUCUGCGGCAGUCCCAGGUAUUUUGAACCCUGUUGUUCUUAUGAUGAAGAAACCAGAUGGAACCUUGUCACCAUACUCCUUUGGUCAUAAGUGGAAAGAUGGCAGUCUCCGAACCGAUGUACCUUUGAAGGCGCUUGAUAUUCAUUUCAAUGCGACAUUCCCCAUCGUAUCCCAGGUUAAUCCACAUAUCAGCCUCUUCUCCUUUAGCACUCGUGGCAGCGUUGGCCGCCCAGUUACUCACAGAAAAGGUAGAGGCUGGCGUGGCGGCUUUCUUGGUUCUGCCAUUGAACAAUUUAUUAAGCUUGACCUUACCAAAUGGUUGAAAGUGCUCAGGCGUCUAGAGCUACUUCCUCGCCCUCUAGGGCAGGACUGGAGUGAGGUCUGGCUCCAAAGAUUUAGCGGCACCAUCACCAUAUGGCCUAAAUCAGUAUUAUCUGAUUUUUACUACAUUCUAUCAGACCCGUCCACGGAACGAUUGGCCCAUAUGCUACACGAAGGUCAGUCAAGCACCUUCCCAGCCAUUCAAUUUAUCAAAAAUAGGAUGAAGUUGGAGAAGGCUAUACGUGAAGGUUUCCUAAAAUACUCCUCUCCCGACGGAAACCCUAGUCCUGUGGGCUCCGGCGUCCGACGCAGGCGUGUACCCACACGGUCACAAUCGGAACGGGUUCUUGGAGCUGCGAUCAAUGAACAGACCGUCGAUCUGUUAAGUGAUCAUAACGUAAACGGAACGUAUACAUCUGAUGAACUAUAUACAACGGACGAGCAUCAGGACAUGGGUUCAAAACAUAUACCAUCUAACCGUCGAGAGAGCGGUAUUCUAGAAGAGCUGAGGCGGCAAUCGGCUGUGUUCUUCGAUGACGACGAUGAUGAUGCUGCAACCCUAAGCGAAUGA